AGAAGAAGUAGUAGUAGUAGAAGAAGAAGCAGCAACCACAGCUGCAUUUAACUUUUCAGUUGAAAACAUGAACAGAGAUCAACACAUGAAGGAAGGCUACGGCGACAGUAACAGCGAAGGAGACAGCGACAGUGACAGCGACAGUGACAGUAACAGCAACAGUAGCAGCAACAGUAGCAGCGAAGGAGACAGCGACAGUGACGAUGUCGCCAGCAUCAGAGAUUCGGACAACCAACUCAGCCAAGGAGCGAGCUGCAGCCAGCUAGUUGAAUGUGACACUGUGGGGAUGAAGAGGAGAAGGGAGUCUUCUAAAUGUGACCAAACUGUACUGACGAACAUUGAAAAACCACAGGACUGCGAUGAAUACUACUUCAUGAACCUUGUGAAACUGUUCAAAAAGUUGUCCCCGCAGAAGAAGUCUGUGGUCAGGAUGAAGAUCGAGAGACUCCUCUUCGAAGCCGAGUUUGAGUAGAAAGCGUUUCCAUCCACGCAAAUUAUUUUUGUGUUUCCUGUUUAUUAAGUUUUAUUGAAAGAUUUGUAAGAAAUACACUGAGUCUUCAUUGGAGGUGCAAACUGGAUCGUUUACAAGCUCUGGAGCGUUGUUACUAUUCACUGUUAAAAUGCUCCAUUUGCCUUCUGGGCUCAACAUCGGCAACAAGCUAAAUUACAUAAUUUCUUGACUUUGUUGGUUUAAAAGUAUGUCGUUGAUCAAAACUAAUGUUGUGCUGGUGGCUCACACAUUAGCGUUCAGAAAGCUGGUAGCACUCAAAUCUGCUAUUUGUCUGCAAUAGUUUUUUGUGAAAAAUGACGCCACAAUUUGACAAUCACCUGUAAGCGGUGCUCGCAAAUCACCUUUUAUGAAAUAGGGUCUCUGGUUUGUUUAAGUCGUAUACAUGUUGGAAGUUUCUGACACAGGAUGAGCAGGUUUGACCAUUUUGGAUCUUAAGAAUAUUCUUUAGCCCUGCAUGCUGCUAACGGACGCUUUUCUUUUACUCCGUAAAUCUUUUUUUAUUUUUAUGUGGCAUUAAUCAGUAUGAGAACAGCCACAAUGUUUGAGUACUUCGAAACAAAAAGUAAAAUGCUUUGUAUUAAAACAAUUGGUUCACACACUGCAUUUAAACGUAUACUUUUGACACUGUAAGAGAUGUACCGUAUGGUUAUUAACGAAUAAGCAAAGAUUUAUGCAGGUACAGAUGCAUUGUGGGACAUUACUAAUACUCUGGGCCAGUGUUUCUCAAAUGCACAAAACAAAUCAAGCUGCUGUUUAAGUCUGAAAUCUGUUAAGAAUUGUUUUUGUGCGAAUAAAGAUCCUGCAAUAUGU